AUGCACAACGGGGGCCUAUUGAUUGUAUCAGGCAUGACUCAAAGCAGGAUCGCAGGCAGCACUGGUGACCAGCCUGCUUUCGUCCUUUGCCGUUACUGGCUCAGAUCAAUUCUGCCAGGCUCUUUUGCUCAAUUUUUGAAACUUGUCGGUGGCCGCUGGGUCUUGAUCCAUGCUCACUGGCACCCUGAUGCGACUCCUCUUUCAUCGUCCAUCUGGCAAAUGCCAGAGCGCGGAGAAGAACCUUCUUUGAAGUCUGAGUCCAUACUGAGUUCUGAUCAAGUUGCGGAAAGCUGGACGGCCUUGACCGCCCUCCACCAGGCAGCUGCCGCGGGCAUCUUCAGUUGUUCAAGCGGACCUUCAAUACUGAGGGUUGGCUUUUACCUGUCACUCGGCCGCGGGGAAGCCUGCGAGUGCUAA